GCUUAUUUUGUAAUUAAUCGCGGCAUUAAACAGCCAGUAGCUUAGCGCCAGCGUGUUGAAUUGAAUUCAUACUGAUUUCGUUUUGUUUACAUAAAUUGUUUUUGUAUCGAAACAACAUUCAAAAAACAUUGUUCUUUCAAAUUUUUGUUGCGUUCAAUUAUUGCAAUAACAACAAAAAGAAACAUUAUUCUACAUUUGGUAAUGUUUUUUAGCUUUUUGGUUGCUUUCGAGCUUCCGGACUGAAUAUUUAUUGUGGUGUGCAUAAAUUAAUAAAAAAAAUUGAAAUACUUGUUUUUGUGUGUAAAGACAUAAUUAAUCGACGAAUUGUCAAAUAUCCAAAACAAAAUAAUGUUACUAUACCCUUACUGUCAAAAAUCAAAAUAAGAAGACAUUCAAAAAUGUGCAUAGUUUCGGUUAUUUUGUUAUUUUCAAUGAAAAAUUAAAUCUAAAAAACUUAUUUUGCGGAUUUUCAUGUAGGUACACACGAGGAGAGAGUAUUGUUUUGUUUUAUCUGUGUGCGAAAUAUCGCGACACUAAUUUUGAACUUGUUUUUUUUUCAUUUUGUUAUAUUUGUCCCUAGAAUUAUACGUUCAUAUAUUUAAUGCACGGGCUGACGGGCCAGAGUCAGACCAGACCAGACUUCUAAAGCUUGCGAAUAACAAAAGAGUAUAUUACGCGUUUCGUUCGAUUGCGAUUGGGUCGACGACGACGACGACGCGACGUCGAAUCGAGAAUAGAUCACGCAUCUUUUUCAUUUUCAGUUUGAUUUGGUAAAUUGGAAUCGGUGUGCCUAUCAGUUGUGCGCGGAAAGUAAAUCGGUAAUUCUUUGUUUGGGGAUGAAAGCGGAAAUAGCAUAUUUUUCAUACCAGUAAACGACCGUUUUUAUUUUAUCAGCUUUUUUUUGUAUUGUCGUGCGUUUUCAAGUGAUAACGAGAUAAGCUUAUGCUAAUCCGAUAUAAUUUAAUGUCAGUGAAUUUUCCUUUGCGUUCGUUUUCUUUUCGUCUUAUUUUAUAAUUCAUUCAUUCUUGGGAUCGUUUUUGUUAUUGUUGUUGCUGAUUGUAUUGUCACUCUUGUCAGUUAUCAUCGCACAUAGACGUGUUACACCUCGAUUACACUACAAUCCGACUCAAACUCAAGCAAAUAUAUUAUCUCCCUCUCUAUUUUUCCAUACAUCACAGUAAUAUUAUUACCUUUUACCGUUUUAUUUCUUAAUUACUUCUUCUUUUCUACCUGCGAGCUGCGCUGCGACGCGAGUGUGACGGAAGAGAAUUAUUUGUGCUUAGAGGUACAUUGCUCUCAUGUUCAGUAGUGUUACAACUCUGCUGUCAGUCGUGAUUCCUAAUUUUCUUCUGCACUGCACAGAACGUCAUAGAUAACCGAACCGAAUAGAGAGAAGAAAAAUAAAAUGUGAAUCAUAUUCAAUUAUUAAAUUCCUUUUCUUGUGUCAUCUUUAAUUAAAACAAAAUAAAAACAAUUUCGUUGUGAAAAGGGAAUGAAAAUAUUUUUUUUUUUAAUUUCUCUUCAUCAUAGUGUCGUCUAAGAGUACCUACUUGCCAAUAAAAUUAAAUUUAUUGAAAUUUCGUAACAAAUUAGAUUAAGUGUAAUUAAGAAAAAAACUGUAAAAAAGUCCAAGGAAAUGUUUUAAUAGUUCAAUCUACAUGUACACUCAUUUAUGUCACUUUGUUUUUUUGAUUUUUUGUUAAGUGUCCCUGUUUCUGUUUAAUAUCAAAAAUUGAUUGUGAACAAAAUAAGAGAAAGUUUUAUAAAAUCUAUACCAAGUACCUAUAUAAUUUGACAUCUGUCAAAAAUAAAAAUACAUUUACAAUAACUCGGUUGUUGGUGGUACAUUUGAAAAGAACAGAACAAAAGUCUGUGGGAAUUAUUAUAUUGAAGAAGAAUAAUUACUUUUUAUUCAAAAAAGAGAAAAGUAAAAAUAUCAGCAAAAUGUCAAGAUUUCGAGCUGCUGGCGGUCUUAACGGUGUCGAAUUCGAAGGUAAUAAGUUGCAUGCCGAGCAGCUGGACAAAAAUCUGCGCCGAAACGCACGUAGCGCUCGUAAUCAAUACGCUGGGAUGCCAGGUCCGGGUCGGCAAGCUGAUUUUCCACUGCGCAUAUUGGUUCAAAGUGAAAUGGUUGGUGCCAUAAUUGGUCGUCAAGGAAGCACGAUUCGAACAAUUACUCAACAGAGUAGAGCUCGUGUUGAUGUCCAUCGAAAAGAAAACGUUGGCAGCGUAGAAAAAGCAAUCACCAUCUAUGGAAAUCCAGAAAACUGCACAAAUGCUUGCAAGCGAAUUCUUGAGGUCAUGCAGCAAGAAGCUAUUUCUACAAACAAAGGUGAAAUAUGUCUUAAGAUCCUGGCACACAACAAUUUAAUUGGUCGCAUUAUUGGCAAAAACGGUAACACUAUCAAACGGAUAAUGCAAGAAACUGAUACGAAAAUAACCGUUAGUUCAAUAAAUGAUAUAAGCAGCUACAAUUUAGAGCGCAUUAUAACUGUUAAAGGCUUAAUCGAGAAUAUGUCUCGUGCAGAAAGUCAAAUAAGCUCGAAACUCCGCCAAAGCUAUGAAAAUGACCUUCAAGCAAUGGCGCCACAAAGCUUAAUGUUUCCUGGUUUACAUCCGAUGGCAAUGAUGUCAACACCAGGCAAUGGAAUGGUUUUCAAUCCAAGCAUGCCCUACACCUCAUGUCCGGCAUUUCCAAUGGCUAAGACACCAGCGGCAGUUGUUCCUCCCGUCUUCCCAAAUGAUCAACAAGAAACAACAUACCUUUAUAUUCCCAAUAAUGCAGUUGGUGCUAUAAUCGGAACCAAAGGCUCACACAUUCGUAAUAUUAUGAGAUUUUCGGGUGCAUCAGUGAAAAUUGCGCCGCUGGAGACCGAUAAACCAUUGGAACAACAGACCGAACGUAAGGUUACAAUAAUUGGUACACCCGAAGGCCAAUGGAAGGCACAAUAUAUGAUUUUUGAAAAAAUGCGUGAAGAAGGCUUUAUGUGUGGAACCGAUGACGUACGGUUAACGGUGGAGAUAUUGGUAGCUAGCUCACAGGUUGGAAGGAUAAUUGGAAAGGGCGGUCAAAAUGUUCGUGAAUUACAGCGAGUGACAGGUAGUAUUAUUAAGCUUCCAGAACACAAUGUUACUCCAGUGACGGGCGAAGAAGAAACAACUGUUCACAUAAUCGGGCCGUUCUUUAGUGUACAGUCUGCUCAACGAAGAAUUCGAGCGAUGAUGAUGUCAACAAAUCCACCGCCAGUCACUAAAAAGCAAAAAGCUGCUAAAGAACAAUCAUCAUCAACCAGUGGGACCCAAUCACAGCCCCAACAAAUCCCACAACAGCAGCAGCAACAACAGCUACCACAGCAACAAUCCUCUCCACCUCAACAACAGCAACAUCAGCAAUCUUCAAGUUCGAGUCAGUAAAGUAAAUUGAAGUUUUUUUUUUAUUUUUAUUUUUUUUUAUAAAUAAGUAAUUAAAACAUUCGCAAAAAAAUAAAGAGAUAAUUACUAUAACUAGAAAUUAACUCAAGUAGAUGUAUUUAAAAAAAAAAACAAACACUCACUAAAACAACCACUUCAAAAAUACCCCACCCAGAAAAUCGCAAAAAUAUAUUAAAUAGUUGGCAUAUUUGAAUACUAUAGCAAAUAUGUAAUAAUGCUUUUUAAAUAUAAAUAUAUAUAUUUUUUUUUUGUAUUUUCAAAAAAAAAAUAUUAUUUGCUGUGAACCCACACUAUAACGGUUUACGCACUGAACAGAAUUUGUUUAAAUAAAAAUUAAAUGGUAUUUAAAAAAGUCCCGUAAAAAAGUAAAUUAUGUUAAACUAAUAUUGCAUAGAAAAAAAUUCCCUAAUUUCAUAGAAUAUAUACCGAAAAAGAAGAAACACCCUAACAAGAACUUAAUCAAUUAAACUUUAAAAAUAUUAAUGUCAAAAAGUUUUUGUUAAUAUUAAAAAAAAGGAACAUAAUAAUAUAACUAUGAUUAAAACUAAACAACCUUUCUAAUAUAAAAAGAAAUGAAUUGCCUUUUAAACGGUGCUGAAAUGUAAAUGAUAUUUUUAUUAAUUAAUAUUAAUUGAUUUACUUACUUCUAUUCCUAUAAAUAUUAAACAUGGUUUAGCUUUUCUUUUUUUCAAACAACCGUUGUUGAUUCUUGUAAGUUAAUUAAAACAAUUUUAAUUUCUGUUAAUCAUCUUUCUUUUAAUAAAAUAGUGCACCAAAUCAACAAAGCCAAUAAUCAAUCAAAAAUAGUAAUAGAAUGUUUCAAUGUAAAUUGGGUUUGAUUGCCGUAAACAAUCAAAAUCAUUUUACUUUGUCAAUUUACCGACAAUUUUUAAGCUAUACUAUGUAUUCCUUUUAUUCCAAUUAGCUACAGUUAUUUAUACAAAUACGUUGUUCUAUAGACAUUUUAAAAAAAAGUUGAAUUGUUAAUUCACUGUUAUGUUCAUUCUAAGGAAAAAAAGUUGUUCAAUAGUUUAAUUGUUUAAAUUUAAAAAUAAUUCUUUAAACAUAUAGAAACUUUAUAAAAUUUUAAUAAAUGUACCACCAAACACAAUAUUCCGUUCAAUCAGAUCAGAAAAUUUAAAUCUUACAAACAUUUUCGGCACUAAAUUUAAAACAAUGAAAUACAUUCAAACAUUUCGGCAAAAAUAAAAAGAGCUCUUACCUAUCACAUUAUUCGUCAUAAUCAAACUACAAAUUCCAAUAAAACUAAAACUCAAACUAAAACUAAAACACAAACAAAUUUCAAGAUCAAACCAAAUGGAAAAAAUUUGAUAAACGUUUUCGUUAAAAAUACUGUGAUAGUAAAAUCAUAGUAAAAUUUCGAUUAUGACGGAUUUCAUGAUACGGGCGAAUAAAAAUUAUAUCAAAAUUUAUUUUGGAAAGAAAAAUUAAAUUAACACUUAAAAUAGGAUUUCUACGAAAAAAACUUAAAAUCAAUAACAUUAAAACUUAUUUAAAUGAACUAUAAAUACCUCAAUAUAAGUGCAUUAUCUUAUAUAAAAUAAUAAAUUAAUAAAAACAAAAAUAUUAAUGGUUCGACAAAAAAGACAGACAUUUUAAAAAGUUUAUGCAUGUCCCAGAAUUGUGCCACUAAAAAUAAUAAUGAUUAAAUUAAAAAAACGCAUAUCAGUUUCAUUUUUAAAUUGAGACAAAGUUUGCAGAUAAAUUAAGAAAAUAAGAAGGCAUCAAGUUUCAAAUUCAGUUCUGUAAAACAAACUACUUAAGCUUAGACCGUGACUUUGAAGAAAACUUGAAGUUUUUGUCUUUUUGUUUCAAAUAUAAUAAUUGGACUUUAAAUAUUCGAACAUUUCGUGGACAAAUAUCGAUCUAAUUUAAAAACACAAAAACAUUGCAUAGACAUGCAUUACUUUGCCAUGCUUCAAAAAUAAUUCUUUGGAAAUUCCUUCAAAUGAUACCAAAAUCACAAAAUUACAUUUGGGCCAUUUUUUUAAAAACCAUUGUCCAUACAUUUGGAAAAUACAAAAAAAGGCUUCAAAUGAAACUUCAAAAUUGUUUAAACAGAAAUAAAAGAAAACUCGGGAAAAUAGCUCGAAAACAAGAAAAUUGUAAAACAAACAAAACAUAAAUUUAUAAAAUAAAAUGCAUUGAAGUGGGGUUCAAUCUAUAAUAUAUAUAAAAACAAAAAAAUGAAAAUUAAAAAAUUAAUAUGUAAACAUAACUUUUUUAACAUUUUUAUAUAUUUAUAUUUAUAUGAAUAUAUUCUAUAUAAAGAUUUUAUUUUGUUGGAAAAAUCGUAUAUUCAGAGAAUAAAUUUUUAAUAUAUUUUAUAUAUUUAAUGAAAAAAAAUAAAAAAAUAUAAAGAAACAACAAUUUUAACUAUUUAAGAAUAUGUAUCGAGGAGUUGCUUUCUCAAACAAAAUAAUUUUGUUUCUAAAAGAACAUCUUAAAAGCCUGAACGGCGACUAUCAUUUUGAAGCAACAAAAAUCUUCCAGUUCUUUAAAAAUGAAAAGAAGAUUUUAUGCUUAAGGCUCUCCCAAACCAAUGGGAAAAAAUUCACAACUUCAGAAAAAACUCAAACUGUUGUCUCGAAACUCGAAAUAUUUUCCAUCGAUUUGAAAGAGCCCCUUAAGUAAAGACAUUUAAAAAAAAUUAUAUUAUUAACAUAAAUAAAAAGAGAGAGAAAAAAGUAUUUUUAUAAAAGUAAAACUAAAAAAUCGAUUCUUAUGGAGAGAAAACUUUUUUAAAUAUUUAUAGUGUUUAGAGGCUAUUUAUAUCGUUAUAUAUUUUUAUUGUAAGAAAAAAAUGUAAAAAAAAAAGUUUUUAUUUAUUAUUUUAAAAGAAAAAAUGUGAAGAAAACACUAACUUAAUUUUUGUUGUUGAUUUGAACAUUUUGUUGUUUUCUUUUUUAAUUGAUUUCGAUUUCGAAAUUAUUUCCUGAAAGGUUUUGUAAAUUAAGAGUGUAAGUUGUGCCAAGUACUGGUUAAAGAAAGUUAAAAUUAGUGUGAUAAUUGUUUGUUUAAGACGCGAUUUAUUUAAUUAACAUUAAAAAAAAAUGAGAUAUGAUAUUUUUGGGAUAGUUUUUUUUCUCUUUAAAAUUAGUGUUUUUGCUAAUCAAAAUUAAAUUUAUGUAAAUUAUCGCCAAAGGUUUUUUUGUUCUAAAAAUUUAAAUAUAAAAUUGAUUUUAAUCAUCAUUAUGGCGGGGAGUUUAUCACACUGAGUUGAUAAUUGAGUUAAAUCAAUUAUUGACAUUGGGAAAAAUAUUGAAAGGAAAAGCACACAUACAACAAAAAAUUAUCUCUCUUAAUAUAAAACAAAAAGCUUAUCAAAUCCUACACAACAAAUGAAAACAACAAACUUACUUUUUUUUUAAAUUUUAUUGAACAAAACAAAAGAAAAACUAGUUUUAUCCCAAAUUCAUUUUGGUUAUUUCAUGCAUUUCUACACACACAAAUUAUUAAGUCUAAAUUUUUUGUUUUAUAUAAAAUCCUUACACAUUUUUUUGAACAUUUUAAAGUUUUUCGGGUACAAAAUUCAAGUACAAAUUGAUCAGUAGAAAAAUUAUACAUUUUAAAUUUUCCUAAUUUUUAAUUUAAAUUAUACAAAAAUAAAAAAAACACAAAAUCAAAGCAGCAAAAAUGCAAUGACACCAACAAAAACCUAGGCAUUUCAAAUAAAAUAACGAUAUAGAUUUGCAGACGAGAAAUUCAUCCACUAUAAAAUAAUAAAACAAAAAAACAACAAUCGAAUAUUUUUUUGUUUUAAGAAUAACAAUCAAAUCUUACCACCAAGAACCACUCCACAAUAAAUAAAUAAAAAAAAAUAUUUUUUUCUUGCGCCUUAAAGCAAACAACAAAAACAACAAGCAAAAAGCACGCCCUAAAAAUAAAUUGAUUACCAAAAUAUUUAAAGGUCUAUAUUAAAAACCUAAUUGAAAUAAUAUAAGCUCCUUUACCAUGGUUUUCGAACAAAUCAGAUAUUCAUUUUACGAAUGUGUUUCAUUUCCAAUUCUGGGAAUGGUAUAGUUUGCACUAUCAUCUGCCGAUCUUUAUGAUCAACUAUUUUUCAAAAAUGCAUUUCUGAAGAAAAUAUCACAUGUCAGAUUCCAUGUUAAAAAUCAUUACUUAUUGCUUCAAACAAAACAAAACAAAAAUAAGGAAGAAAAACCCUCGAUUUGACAAUUUUAUGAAUUUGAACAAAAAAUCCAAACGCAAAUUCACAACAAAAUAAAAAUUAAAUUUACUUAAGCCAAAAGUUAGCCAACAAUUUCCUACAAAACGGCCAACAUGCAAAUUAAUACGAUACAAAAAAAAAGUUUGAAACUUAAGCUUCAAGUUUAAAUAAAAAUACAAAUAAAUAAAAAAAAUAUUAAUUCAGACACAGCACACUGCCCAACACUUAAUAUAUAUCAAAUUUCAAAACAAUGAUGAAAAAUUUAGUAGUUAUUUGAAUUUUCAAUUACCUUUUAUGGUAUUUGGAAAAUAAAAACAAAAAAUUCAUUUAGGAUUAUAAGAUACAUAUUAAAAUUAAAACCAAAAUUAUCAAACCUAACAAAUAAAACAAAAAAUCAAUUAAAAAUAUUAUGUAAAAAGUCGUGGGUUUUUCGUAUUUUAUAUGCAUACACGUAACUACAAAAACAAAAACAAAAACUAAUUAGAAAAUAGCUCAUGAACGUUUUAUCGGUGUAAAUUACUCGAGACGAAAUAUAGAAUUAUGUGCAAUCAAUGUGCUUAAUUAAACGGGCAUUUUAUACAAAAAAAAGAACUUAAUUAACAAUCGUGACAAUUUAGUUUUUUUGUUUUUUCCAAAGCUUGUUAAAGUUGUUAUAAUUUUCAUACUAUCUUACCAAUAAUAGAAACAAAAAACUAAACUAAAAAAUAAAUAAAUAAAACUAUGUUGUCCAUUCUAUAGCAACACUUUGAUUGCACUCGAGUUUAAGAAUGCUAAACCAAUACAAUUUACUUAUAUUCUCUUCAUUCAUGUUUGUAAGGGCAAAACAAAAGUCAGACUACUACAAUAAAUACAUAUAUUGUAUUAUAUGAGAAUAUAAUAUAUAUACUUACAUAUGUUUAAAUUAAUAUACAAAAGAAAGUAAAACAUUAAGAUGUUUAAAAAAAAAAAAAAGCAAAUUCAAAAAACAAAAAUAUAAAUUUCUUAAAGCAGAAGAGAAUUAUGUCUUGUGUAAAGUCCACUUUAUUUAAUUUUAUUAAUUCUUUUGGCAUUAUUCAUUUAGAAAAUAAGAUAGUAAGAACAAGCUAAAUAAUGUUAAAUGUUAUUUUACAUAGAAAUAAUCACACAAUGAAAUUAUAAUAACACGAAAAAGAAAAAAAAAUUCCAAUUCAAUUCAAUAAACCAAUAUUUCCAAAAUAUUAUAAAACAACAGAACACCCAUAUACACCAAAUCCAAAUAAAUUAAUGCAAAUAUUUAAUAAUUUAUACAUAAACCUACAUAAAUAGAUAUUCAAUAUACCUUAUAUAAAAGCCGCACAAUCAAAACAAAUAACCUUUACAAUAAAAUGGAUUUUUUUUAUUUUUAUAAUGUUAUUUUAUCAGUUUUUAUUUGAUUAUUUUUUAAUUUUUUAAUUAUGUAAAUAUUCGAAAUAUAUAUAUAUUUAUAUAUAUUUUUUUCUAUUUUAACACUUUAUGUUUAAUAUUAAAUUUAAAAGUACAUCGAAGAUAAUGCAAGACCACAAUAAUUUCUUGGAGACUGAGCUACAACAUAUUUAUUUUAUUUGUGGUUUUGAAUUAUUUUCUUAUUCAUAUAUAUUUUUUAUGUAUACAGAAAUAGUAAUACAACUUAUGAAUCCAUAAUCAGAUUUGUACAUAACAAAAACAAAAAAUAAUUCUACCUAUAUAAACAUACCUUUUGUAUGUAUUUUUCGUUUGUAAGCCUAAUUAUUUUAUACACACUUAAGUAUUUAAUAAACCUUGUUUUUUAUAUAACCAAUUGUAAUGCAAAAACAAGAAUUUAACAAAACAAAAAUAACCUUAUAAUUUUAACAAAAACAUAAAUCAGUUAAACCUUAAAAACAAAAUACAUUUUUCAAAUUAAGUUUUUGCAGAAAAUUGUUAUUAUUUUAAAAAUAGGUACCUCUAAACAAUUAAAUUAAAUAAUAUUUUUGACUAUUCUUUGCACUUCAAAAUAAACAAAAAACAUGAGUUUUUUAGUUUUAUCAUUUAAGCAUUUCAUUUCAAGAACAAACACAACAGAAUGAAAAAAAUGUAUUUUAAUAAAAUUUAAUUUAAACAAUGUAUAUUUUAAAGAUGAAGCAAAGAAAAGAAAACACCAUACCCAAUUUAUCUUUUACACGACGACGUAAUGAUAUUCUGAAAAUAGUUGUUAGCAUUUAUAUUAAAAAUAGGAAUAAAACAAGCAAAAUACUAUAAACUAAAACUAUAGAAUAGAAAAUAGGAAGGCUUACUGGUUCUGAAUAAUAAUUAAAAUAAAAAAAAAACAAAAUGGAGGGCAAUUUCGGUUCAAAACAUUUCACAUUGGGCGGCUUGCCUGUGUGAUAAUAGUUUAUUUUCCAGCCGUAUCUUUUUUUCUGAUGUGAUAUGUUUCGAAACGAAAGUUUUAAUUUUAAUUUAAAACUAAUUUUACAUAAACGAGAAAUAAAUUAAAACGUACUAGUUUCUUACUUUUAUUUUCACAGUUUUAAUAUAAAUGCUAUGGAUUUUUUUUAUUUUGUUUACUUUGUUGUAUUAAAAUUAUGUUUACACAAUAUCCAUCUGCAAUAGAUCAAUAUAUAAAACAAACAAAAAAAAAAAUACAAUAGAAUUUAUAGGUUCAUAUAUAAAUUGUAAAAAGGUUAUUCAAAAAUAAAAUAAAAAAAGCGUCUAUUUAAGAAAAUGUUCCUUGAUUGUGACAACGAUUUACACAACAAAGAUGUUUAUACGACAUCUUUCUUAACCAACCUACUAACCAAUUCCUUACCGUAAUAGUAACAAUUUAUUGUGUUUGUCUUUUUUUUAUUUUUUUUAAAUAAAUAUACAUACAUAUAUUGAAAAUACAACAAAAAACAAAAUGUAUAAAGCCAAAAAUAUAUAAUAAAGAACUACAAAAAAUAUAAAAUGCAAAAAAAAAACAAUGAAGUAAAAGUAAAAUGGAAACUACCUCAAAAGAUAUAAAAGUCUAUAUAUUAAUUAUAUUACUAAAGUCAAAAAUAAAAAUAAAAACAAAAAACACAUCUAAAUUGUACUAUAUAUACUAGAAAAAAGGCGUUAUGCAGUUUAUUAAGAGUAAAUAAAAUAAAAAAUGAUAAUUUCUUAAACAAAUCCAAUAAACUAAGAAAAUAAAAAAGGAAACAAGUCAAAAAUGUUUAGAUUCUAAAUGUAAUAUCAAUAUUAUGUAUGUCUAUGUUUCUGGAGUUAUUGUUUUAUUUAAGUCUCUUUCAAAUGUCAAAAUACAAAUACAAAAAAAAAUAUAAAAAAAAAACAGAAAACUAAAAUAAAAAAUACUUCAGCAUUUGCUUUGAAAAAAAAUCAAGAGUUUUAUUAAUGUUUUUUUGUUUUUUCAAAAACGCAAAUACAUAUAUAAUAUACUUUGUUUGGCAAUGAUAUUUGUAGCAUAUUAAACAAAAAAUAAAAACUUAAAAAAAACAAUAAAAAUUAUAAAUUCAAUAAAAGUAGUACCUAAUCAUGUUUUUGGGAUAAAAUAAUUGGAUUUAAAAAAUUUUAAGCAUUAUUGCAUAAUAUAUCAAUAUUUGGUUUAACAUACGAUAAAAUAAAAAAGAAAAUAGUAUACUUUUUGGUCAGAAAAAUUGUAAUCAAACAAGAAAAUUACUACAAAACGCUAUGUUAAAAAAUAAAUAAAUACAAAAAUCAAUAAUCAAUAAUAUCUUACUGUAUUCAUAAAAAAAUGUCCAAAUUUGAUUAAGCUAUCUUAAAUAAAAAUUGAAGUUUUUUUUUU